GUUUCCUUGUCGUCGUUGAUUGUUUGUGACGUGUUUGAGCAUUUUAAACUCGUGUUAAAACCCCGAAAUGGGGUCUUUUUUCGCACAAAUUGAGAUAAGUGUCUACUCAACAUUUUGAAGUUAUGUUUACGUAACUUUUUAUACAGGCGUCAAUAAUUAUUUCAUAUAAAUUCACAAAUUUUCAAUUGAUUCACUGAAAAUAUAGUUUCAGUCAUAAACGACAAAAUGAAACGUUUUUUUUUGUUAAAUAUCAUAUUCUUUGUGAUUUAUUGAGGUUAUGUUUACUUGUCAUCAUGUGGUGUUAAUUUCAAUACUUUUUUGAUCCGUUUCUGUGUAAACAAAUGUAAUUGAUCUGCAAAAAGCUUGAGUUUGCAAAAUUGAGGUUAUGUCGUCACACGAAAUUCUCACUUUACAAUUCGGGCAUUACUCAAAUUACGUGGGGGCUCACUGGUGGAAUUUACAAGAAGCUGGUUUUAGCUACGACCCUGAUGCACCCUCAGAAAUCAAUCAUGAUGUUUUAUUUCGAGAAGGGGUGACUUUGAAAAAUGAAGUUACAUUCACCCCCAGACUACUCUUAGUUGACUUGAAGGGAAGUCUCAGAGCCCUUCCUGUGGAGGGCGAACUCUAUUCUCUCCCAUCUCAAAGUGCCACCGACACCAUUGAAGUAAUCGCUGAACCCCCAGAGGAAAAAAACGAGUUUCUGAAAGACAUCUCUGAGACAAACACAAUCUCAACGACGAAAAUCUAUGACCUUGAAAGACAAGUUCAAGUCUGGUCGGAUUUUUUGUAUACGCGGUUUCACCCCCGGACUGUCAAUAUAAUCCAGGAGCACCAACAUAAUAAUGAGAAUACGCCCUUUGAUAUUUUUCCUUUGGGGGCGAAUUUGUGGAAGAAAGACCAGUUCUCUGAGGACUUUUCUGACAAAAUCCGCAAUUACAUUGAGGAAUGUAACAGUUUUCAAGGAUUUCACACUUUGUGCGAUUCCAGUGAUGCUUUUGCCGGUAUUACAGUUUCCUGUUUGGAGCAUUUGAACGACGAAUAUAACACUAAACCGAUUCUGGGAUUCCCCAUUUUGCAACCAUCGGCAAACCCCAUCCAUCUCCUCAAUCUCGCAUUAUGUUUCGAUGGUUUAGCCGAACAUUCCUCACUUUUCGUCCCUUUAUCCUCCAACCCUCCUCAAUUUAAUUUUCUCUCGCUCAAACCCGACUUCCCAUACCACACAAGCGCCAUCUUAGCGUCAACUUUGGACACUUUGAGCCUCAAUUACCGACUCAAAAACUCAAAAAAUACUCUCAUCGAUAUCUGCAGCGACUUUACCACAAAUGGACGCAAAGCCGCAUCGGCAAGUGUUUGUCUUCCGUUUCCGCUGAAAACAAAUGAAGAUUUCAUCGAUUGUUUGAACACGUGGGAGGGACAUUUGAGCCAAUCGGUGACACCCUGGUGUGACAUUAGCCCCGACAAUAGUUUACAGUUGGUAGUCCUGAGGGGAAUCCCUGAAACUCGCCUCAAACAACCACCACAUUUAGCCGAAAAACAAAGAAAUUUCCCGGCCUACCGUUGCGAUAGUUUGAAGGAAAUGUUGAGUUAUUUUAUCGUUUGUACAAGUUAUGGGACUAAAAGCGAAGUGACAGUUUGUGGCGAACAAAUGUCAGUCAAGACGCCAUUUCCGGGAUUUUUCAACGACAGAGUUGGCAACACUGGUGAUAUUGACGGUAGUAGAAGUGGUCCCGUCGAAAAAAUUAACACGUUGGCAGGCCUGCACACCGGUAAGUUUGUCGGAAAUAUAUUGAGUACGUUGACACAAAAAUUAGAAAAAAUCAAAUAUAAGAAAUAUCACCAAUUUGUAAGUGAAGGUAUGGAAAAUGAUCACAUCCGAGAUUGUUUUGACCGAUUGUUAGACUUCAGAGACUGUUACGAAGAUAAUUAUCUGCUUUAAUAUACUUUUUAAUUUUG